AUGAGCUUAACUUCGCGUGUCUUGGGCUUCUUUGCGACGACAGAGACACCUUCGUCAGACUCCCCCGCGCCGAAAUCCCUUUCUCAAAAUGGCCCGACCGAUCUCCGUCAGAUGACGCCGAUAAGCGCAAACAAGGAAUAUCAUGUACAGAAUGCACAGUCUCACCAUGACGAGGAAGAGGAGCCUCGUCCACCGUACCUACAUGCAAUGUUCGCUGGAGGUAUUGGUGGCACCUGCGGUGACAUGCUCAUGCACUCGUUAGACACCGUCAAGACGCGGCAACAGGGCGAUCCGCAUUUUCCUCCCAAGUACACCUCCAUGACUUCGUCCUAUGCGACUAUCUACCGACAAGAAGGCCUUUUCCGCGGCCUGUAUGGCGGAGUGACUCCUGCGCUUUUCGGCUCCUUCCCCGGCACCGUUAUCUUCUUUGGAACCUACGAGUACACAAAACGUCUCAUGCUAGAUGCGGGAAUCAAUGCGAAUGUGGCGUAUCUUUCUGGAGGCUUCUUCGCGGACUUGGCCGCCUCUAUCGUCUAUGUUCCCUCGGAGGUCUUGAAGACUCGUCUACAGCUCCAAGGACGCUACAACAACCCCCAUUUCAACUCGGGAUAUAAUUACCGCUCGACCAGGGAUGCGCUGCGCACCAUCAUUCGCCAGGAAGGAUUUUCCGCGCUCUACUACGGAUACCGGGCGACGAUCUACCGCGAUCUUCCCUUUUCCGCCCUCCAGUUCGCUUUUUACGAGCAAGAGCAACGGAUAGCCAAAGACUGGAUGGGCUCUCGAGAAAUUGGGCUAGGCCUGGAGAUCCUGACGGCUGUUACUGCGGGUGGGAUGGCGGGUGUGUUGACAUGCCCGAUGGACGUGGUCAAGACACGUAUCCAGACCCAGCAGAACCCCGAGACCACGCCCUCGAGUCGCCCUCCGGGCUCCUCCUCGCACUCGACGGCGGAGCACCCAUCGACCAAAGAGGGACCGCGCCACCACGCGGCUUCGCAGACGACGUCGAGCCUGCGCACGCAUGCACGCCCAAUCUCCACCUCGGGAGCUUCCACGUCGGUGAACCCGCCUGGAGCUCCUCGUUUGGAUACGUCAUCGUUCUUCACUGGCUUGAAGAUGAUCUACCAAACGGAAGGGCUGGCAGGCUGGUUCCGCGGUGUUGGACCUCGUGGUGUGUGGACCAGCAUUCAAAGUGGAACGAUGUUGGUGAUGUAUCAAUAUCUCCUAAAAAAAUUCGAGGACUGGGAGAACAAAGGCGAGCUCAACCCCCUCUAG